CAAAGAAAAAUCUUUUAUUCCUUUUCACAAACCCUUUUUAAUCCAUCGAUGGCUUCCUCAACAAAUAACCACCUAACUUUCCUUGUUCUCUUGUUCCUAUUUCUCCUACAAAAAUCUCCAUCUUUAGCAACUCAUUUGUCCAUCGAUGGGCUUUUGCCGUUCGCGCCUAAGCAUGUCACGAUCUUUAACAAAUUGACCACACGAGGAACAUUGGUCGCACAUUGCAUGAAUAAAGAGACAGAUUUGGGGAUAAGAAAGCUUCCAAGUGGAGGCAGUUUUGCUUUCAGGUUUCAUGUCAAUCUUCGUAGAACGACAACUUAUAAUUGCACUUUCGAAUGGCCUGGGAAUAGAGUGACAUUUGAUAUUUUUAGGGCAGAUAGAGAUGAUAGUGAAAGAAGUCCAUUUGGUGUAUGUAGAGAAUGUAUUUGGUACAUUUAUGAACCAGCACCUUGUCGUGAAAAACGUGAUGGAACCCAUUCUAUAUGCUUUUCAUGGGAUUGAUGGAGGCUCUCAUCCUUUAUUAUAGUAAUAAAAUAAGCAUAUUAACUUGUUGAUACUGAAUUAUUACAUAAUUGUUACUAUAACAUGUGAUGAAAGAUUGAUUUUCUUGUAUAUAACAUUUUGAGUCAUUUA